GCGGGCCGCGCCGCGUCGGGGCAUCCAGCCGCCCCGCGAGUGGCGCGCGACCUGGCGGACCGGCUGGUGGUCGAGAAGCCGCCGGGCUGGGAGGUGGACCAGGGGCUUUCUGACGUUCUCGGUAGCGACAGCGUGCAGACUACCGACACGGAUAGCUCCAAGGCUGACAACAAGAAGCUCUCAGGUUUUCUGGCCUCGGUGCUCCCGCCCCGCCGCUGCCCCAUCGUCCAGGACGCCGCGCACCGCCGCGGCCUGCUGCACCGCCUGGACGUGCCAAGCUCGGGCCUCGUCCUCGCAGCGAAGACUUACGAGGCCUACUACGACCUGUCUCUCCAGCUCAGCGUCGGCGCGAUUGCACGAGACUACCUGGUGCUCUGCCGCGGCUGGGUGCCGCCCGCGCGUGGCGGCGUGGUCGCGCGCGUGCGCUGGGAGGAGGGCAGCGGCAGGCCGAGCUGCGCCGGCGGCCACCUGGGCAAGCCCGCGGAGUCGCGGCUGAAGGUGCUCGCGCACGUGCUGCGCGGGCCCGCGGAGUGCCUGAGCCUGGUCGCCGUGCGCAUUGCCACCGGCCGCCGCCACCAGAUCAGGGCCCACUUGGCGCUCAUGGGCCACCCCGUCGCCUGCGACGGCAAGUACACGUGCCUCGACACCUUCCUCGCCGAUCUCCGCUGGUGCCCACGCAAUUUCCUGCACCGCUACUGCCUGGGCUUCUCGGACCUGGACGGGGCGGCCGUGGCCGCGUCGUCGCCGCCGCCGCCCGACCUGCUCGGGGUGCUGCGGCGCCUCCGCCCGCGCGGCGGCCUCGAG